AUGGAGGGAAGGGAAUCGAAUCGACUCGAAUCGGUUCGAAUCGGUUCGAAUCGGUUCGAAUCGGUUCGAAUCGGUUCGAAUCGGUUCGAAUCGGUUCGAAUCGGUUCGAAUCGACUCGAAUCGGUUCGAAUCGACUCGAAUCGGUUCGAAUCGGUUCGAAUCGGUUCGAAUCGGUUCGAAUCGACUCGAAUCGGUUCGAAUCGGUUCGAAUCGGUUCGAAUCGACUCGAAUCGGUUCGAAUCGACUCGAAUCGGAUCGAAUCAAGCGGGUAGCUAA